AUGCGCUUUUUCGUGGUUUUAACCGCCUGUUUGGCAGUUGCUUCGGCUGAUAUUGGGCUCAAGCUACGUCAAGCUGCAGGAGCCGGUAGCAGCAGCUACGAUGUUGGCCAACAGUCGGUGAGCGUCGACUAUGCACCAACCGUUUACCAGGACUCUGUUGUGGACGGUUCUGCAUCAUCCGGUGUCGGUGCUCGCUCGUUCGGUGGAGCUGGUUUCGGUGGAGCUGGUUUCGGUGGAGCUAGUUUCGGUGGUGCUAGUGCUGGAGCUGGUGCCGGCGCUGGUGGAUUCGGUGGUAGCUUCGGUGGCGCUGCUAGCCGCUCUGCUGCUGGAGGUGCUGAGUUUAAUGCCGGAUACCAGGCGGGACUUCGUGCCGGUGCUGCUGCGUCGGCUGGCGCUGCUGGUGGAUCGUUUGGUACCGGUGCCCGUUUCGGCUCGUCUGGCUCGUUUGCUGGAUCUUCCGCCAACAGUUUCGCCAGCGGUUCCUCGUUCGGUUCGUCGUCGGGCGCUUCUAGCUCGGCCGCCGCCAGGACCGAGGUUCGCUAUGCUGCACCGGUAAUCCAGAAGAACUUCUACUACCACGUCGCACCCGAGGAGCCAAAGUCGGCCGCCGAAGCUAACACGCUCACCAUCACGCCCCGCAAGCACUACAAGGUCAUCUUCAUCAAGGCACCGUCCGUCAGCGCGAAUGCCGGUGCAUCCGCUCAGGCUGCCAGCCGUACCGAGGAGAAGACACUGGUCUACGUGCUCGUCAACAAGCCUGCCCAGGCUAAGGCCGGUUCGGUUGCGGAUGCUAGCUCGUAUGUGUCCGGCAAGCCGGAGGUCUUCUUCAUCAAGUACCAGGGCAAGGACGCGCAGGCCAUCUCGAACUCAAUCUCCAACUCGUACGCCGGUGCUGGCGCUGGUUCGUUCGGCGGUGCUGGUGCUGGCUCGUUCGCUGGCAGCUCGAGUGACGCUUAUGCGACCGGUGGCGCUGGAUUCGAUAGCGGUUUCGGUGGUGCCGGAUUCGCUGAUGCGGGUGCGUCCGCCGGUACGGCCAAUGACUUUGUCGAUUUCGGUGCACGCAGCGGUGUUUCUAGCAGCUCUGCUGGCAACAGCGGUUACAGCGCGGGAUAUACUGCCGGAUACACUGCCGCCGCCACUGGCGCUGGUGCCGGAUUCGGUGUCACGCCGUCGUACGACAGUGUUGCCGUUGGUGCGAACGCCGGAUCAUCCAGCAACAUCGCAUUCUAA